CUAUUUCUGAUUUUUCUGCCACACCAUUCCACGUCAUUAGAUGCCACGCAUUUCAAGGCGCCAGCUGAGAUCAGGCGCCGAAAAUGGAAAAAGAUAAAAACGUAGUAAAACCUCGUCACUUACCCGACUUUCGCAUUCCAAAAUCCCCUGCUCUGUUCUCUCGCCUUAUAUAACAUCUCUCUUUCUCCCAUUUGUUUUUUUUCUCAACUCCUACAUCACCUUUACUGUGUGUUCCCACUUCACUUGCUGUGUUAUUGAUAUUCGGUUAAUGGCGCUCCGGACGAUGAUCUCGGGUCGAGCAGUUCGCUCCGGCGCCGCUAUGGGAGCGCGAUCCAUUUCCUCCUGGUGGCGCAACGUCGAGCCGGCUCCCAAAGAUCCGAUUCUCGGUGUAACCGAAGCGUUUCUUGCUGAUCCGAGUCCGAAUAAAGUGAAUGUCGGCGUUGGAGCAUACCGGGAUGAUGACGGAAAGCCGGUGGUUUUGGAGUGUGUUCGGGAAGCUGAACGGAGAAUCGCCGGUAAUCUUAACAUGUGAGUAAUUUCUAUUGCGCGAUUUUGCUACAAAGUAAGUGAAACGCUUCUAUAUACUAAAUAUUCGUACAUUACUAGUCCGUGAUAUCAUUAGAACUAAAACCAAAAUCAAGAAGAAUACUUAUUUCUUUGGUAAAGGUUGUUGUUCCUUAAUGGUAUUAGGAGAUGUUUACAUAAACAUUGUGUUUACUUUGAGUACUAUUGAUUAUGAGAAUAGACAAAUCUGGUUGCUGGUAGUUCGAAUAUUUAUUAAAGUUUCAAUUUUGCGGUGGUCCUGUUUGUGGGGGCCUUAUCUUCUGUAGGUUAACACCCCUUUUCCAGUCCCACUUAAAUAUUGAUUCGCCUCAUUUGGUUCUGUGCAUUUGCUAACCACAGAUUGCUCCUACUCAUGCUUUUCAAUAAUGAGCCUUCAUAGAAUCUCCAUUUUACAGAUUCUUUCUCCAUGUUCAAUAAUGCCUGGUCUCGAAAUUUUCCUUGAUAGUUAUGAUCGUCUUCUGUACGAUGAAUCAUGACUGCAGAAAAUUUUGGUUCCUGACUAAUGUGCAAUUAGAAAUUGGUUAUCAUAACUGUAAUUGUCAAAUACAGUUUAUUAUUAUUAGGGGAAAAUCAAAUGUUAAAUACUUUUGUGGGGGGAUUAAUUUUCAAUUGAGUUUCAGAUCUCCAGCUUUUGAUAUGAAACUUCUGACGUAUCCCUGAAUGACUAUGCAUGGUGCUUUUCCCUGUUAAAUGAUAAAUGGAGACCUUGUCACUAUUAUAAAUCUUUUAUGUUAGGGAUGUGAAUAAUCACUUAACAAAGACACUGAUAAUAAGAAAUGAUAAUAAUUCAGCAUUUAGAAUUAUCUCUUUCCUUGUACAUCUUCUGCUCAUUAUGUUUGUCUGAGUUUAACAAUCUAUUGUCCUGCUAAUUCGAAGCUAGUUCAUCAUUUUGGGUUUCAUGGGACCUUGUUUUUUUGGUUCAACAGGGAGUAUCUUCCCAUGGGCGGAAGUAUGAAUAUGGUUGAGGAAACACUAAAAUUGGCUUAUGGGGAGAAUUCUGAAUUGAUUAAAGACAAGCGCAUUGCAGCUAUUCAAGCUCUCUCUGGAACUGGUGCAUGUCGUAUUUUUGCAGAUUUUCAAAGGCGAUUUCGCCCUGAGUCGCAGAUUUAUAUCCCAGUACCUACCUGGUCCAAUCAUCAUAACAUCUGGAGAGAUGCUCAGGUCCCUCAGCGGACUUUCCACUAUUACCACCCAGAGUCAAAGGGGUUGGACUUUGCUUCAAUGAUGGAUGAUAUAAAGAAUGCACCGAAUGGAUCUUUUUUCCUGCUUCAUGCUUGUGCUCAUAAUCCUACUGGAGUAGAUCCUUCAGAGGAACAGUGGAGAGAGAUUUCUUACCAGUUUAAGGCCAAAGGGCACUUUGCCUUCUUUGAUAUGGCAUAUCAAGGUUUUGCCAGUGGCGAUCCAGAGAAAGAUGCUAAAUCUAUCAGGAUCUUUCUUGAAGACGGACAUCUGAUUGGAUGUUCUCAAUCCUAUGCAAAGAACAUGGGACUUUAUGGCCAGAGAGUUGGCUGCCUGAGUGUGGUUUGCGAGGAUGAAAAACAAGCCGUCGCUGUGAAAAGCCAGCUCCAGCAACUUGCGAGGCCCAUGUACAGUAAUCCACCCGUGCACGGUGCUCUUAUUGUUUCUAUUAUUCUUAGUGAUCCAGACUUGAAGAAGCUAUGGCUGAAGGAAGUAAAGGGUAUGGCCGAUCGUAUUAUUGGAAUGAGAACUGCUUUAAGAGAAAAUCUUGAAUCAUUGGGAUCAUCUCUCUCCUGGGAGCAUAUUACAAACCAGAUUGGCAUGUUCUGCUAUAGUGGGAUGACACCUGAACAAGUUGAUCGUUUGACGAAUGAAUUUCAUAUCUACAUGACCCGCAAUGGUCGCAUCAGGUAUACCGCCCACUUCUAAAGUUAAUGAUCAUAAUUUUAUGAUCGCUUUUACUAUUUUAGAUUUGCUCACUUCUAAGAAAUUAUAUGCAGUAUGGCUGGAGUUACCACCAAAAAUGUUGCUUAUUUGGCGAAUGCAAUUCAUGAUGUUACAAAAUCACCAUAGGAAUUCGACUCUGAAACAUACACGUCAUCAAUAACCAAGCAGAGGGCUGCGGGAAUUUGUAGGUUAUCUGCACCAAUUUGAGUUUUUCGGUCUUCAUGAGAACUGCUCUGGGGAAAAUACGAGAUUCUGGCAACACCUAUUUAUUCUGAAUAAAAUCUGGUGUAUGUUAAUGAUUGAUUCCUCCAAUUUUGGCGCUUUUUAAUCUAGGAUGAUUUAAUGUCUGUUGUAAAAUCUUAGGUGAUGGAAACUUCCGUGUUCUGAGAUGGUCUGUACCUUGUUGCAACUUGGUGCAAGAAAAUUUAGCUGUUCAUCUAAGUUACUUUCUGCUUAUUGAUAUCCAUUAGAGAGUCAUACAUUUUCAGCUGUAUCUAAACAUUGCAUAACUGAUUUUGGUAAAAAAAAAAAUGGUUACAAACCUAAUGUUGCAGUGGAUUUCCGUAAUCAUUCCUUGUGCCCAUUCCUUAUUUGUUGCCUUUCAUCAGUAGCAGACUUGCAAAGUGUUCUUUUUAUUCCACCGUCAAGAUAGCCCUCCUAGCAACAAGGUCAUUUUGAUAUGCUAGUGGCAAUAAAAGUCCCAUUCGAAUCGCACUAGCUCGAGGUUGUCGUUCAAGUAAUGGUAGUUGCACCAGUCGCUUGCAUCAUAUUCUUUCUGCUGAAAAACAAAACAGAGGUAAGUGCCAAUUCAAGCUGUAUCUUUUCCCCUGAGCAAAACAGCAGAGAAGUAGUUUGGCUAUUUGUUUAAAAGAAAGUCAGCAGCACUUUUUCUAAACUUGGUAGGAAAACUCACUCUCAGAUGACAGGGUUCGUAGAUGGAAUCUACACCCAUUUCAGAGCUCUCAGACAUAAAAAUGAAACGAAGGGACAUUGUAGGUCACACAGUUUGUCAGAUGGUUAAAGAGGUUUUUAACUGUGGGCGGAUUAAUCCAGAAAUCAACCAUGCGAUGAUAAUACUUAUACCGAAGGUAAGCCCACCUGAAAGGUUUC